AUGGCCGCUCAGUCUGAUGGAGGGGGAUGGGGAGGAACGGGGGAGGGUGUGGAGGAGGGGGGGUUUGAUGGAGACACGGAGGGAGACUGUCAGCCUCUGGACUCCGCAGCCAUCCACAUCUGUCUCUGUUGCCAUUCUGCUGUCUGCUAUUGGGGCUGUCGCUCCAACUGCCUGGGAAACCUGCUGGGGGAGAACACUACUGGAGGGAUCGGAGGGACCGGAGUUGGCGGGGGUAGCGGUUUAAGAGAGACUCGCUGCCCGCCAGAGGAGGGCCUGUGGCUGGACUGUUUCUGGCUGAUCCUGGCUCUCUUCGUCUUCUUCUGGGACGUGGGAACGGACCUACUUCUCGCUGCAGACUACUAUACCAGACAGGACUAUCUGUGGUUUGGCCUGACGCUUUUCCUUGUGCUGGUGCCGUCGAUAGUGGUUCAGAUCCUGAGCUUCCGCUGGUUCAUCCAGGACUACAGCGGAGAGUGUCUGACCACCUGGCUGGGGACGGUGGACUGCAGCAAGGGAGGAGAGAGAGAAAAGCUGACCAGGCGAGGGCCAGCCGACCAAAGAUGGGUUUAUCCUUGGACAGACCGGGUUAGAGCGGCCUCAGUGUGGCUGUGGCAGAUCACCAUACACAUUCUACAGCUGGGACAGGUCUGGAGGUAUAUCCGUACGUUAUACCUGGGUAUCCAGUCCCACCGAAUGAAGGAGCAUAAGGAGGCUCAGAGGAGGUUCUACUGGGCCAUGAUGUUUGAGUACGCAGACGUCAACAUGCUGAGGCUACUGGAGACCUUCCUGGAGUCAGCUCCUCAACUAGUACUACAGCUCUGCAUUAUGAUACAGCAGAACCGUGCUGAAACUCUACAGUGUAUAUCUAGUCUAGGCUCUCUUCUGUCUCUAUCCUGGGUGUUGGCUUCGUACCACAAGCUCCUGCGUGACUCCAGGGAUGACCAGCGUAGUCUGAGUUACCGCGGUGCCCUUCUCCACCUUCUCUGGCGCCUUUUCACCAUCUCCUCCCGCGUUCUCUCUCUCGCCCUCUUCGCCUCCCUCUUCCACCUGUACUUUGGCAUCUUUGUGGUGCUCCACUGGUGUGGCAUGGCGCUGUGGGUGGUGCAUGGAGGAACAGACUUCUGUAUGUCUCGCUGGGAGGAGGUGCUGUUUAACAUGGUGGUGGGCAUCGUCUACAUCUUCUGUUGGUUCAACGUCAAGGAGGGACACACCAGGGGACGCAUGGUUGCUUACUACUCUGUGGUACUGGCUGAGAAUACACUUCUCACCGGACUGUGGUAUGUGUAUCGUGACCAUGCAGAGACAGACAACUACGCGGUACCAGCGUUGUGUGGUGUUUACCUGUCCUUUGCGGGUGGAGUACUGGUGAUGCUUCUAUACUACAGCCUUCUCCACCCCUCACACACACACCCCACCCCGGCCUCAACCUGCUGUGACGAGCUGCUGUGGGGUAACCCCCUGCCCCCAUCCGCCCCGCCCACACCAGCCCACCUGGCCACCCCUUCCCACAGUGAUGACGUCAUCGCAGACAGCUGUCUGCCGGUGUUCCAGGUGCGUUCGGAGCCCCCCACCUCACGUCGUUUCGAGGGUCCUCUGAUAAAGAUUGACAUUCCCAGGAAACGUUACCCGGCCUGGGACGCUCACUACGUGGACAGACGGCUGCGAAGAACCAUCAACCUACUGCAGUACCUGACACCUGCAGCCGCAGGCAUACGAUACAGGGACAGACCUCUGCUCUACGAACUACUGCAGUACGAGUCUUCUCUCUGACACACAUAUACACACACAUA